UGGGACAUCCCCUAAGGUAUUCAUGCACUACAAUAUCUUUCCACAUCAAUAUUGCAUCAAAGAUGAACAGUUAAUCUCGCUCUCUCUCUCUCUCUCUCUCACACACACACACACAUAAAAACACACACAGACACAUGCACUGUUGCUGAUAGAUCCUUGACAAAAUCUGUGUGGAAGAGAAUUUCUUUCAUCUCCUGAUUCAGAAAAAGAAAACUUUGUAGGGCACUUUGGAGUUUAUUCAUAUAGUACUUCUUGAAGAAACCAAAAGGGCCCUAUCCAUUUGUUGCAGAGCUGCUAAAACCAUGACAGAUAUAGCAAUAUUGCAAUAUUCCUUCAGUAAAUGCAGUACUAAGAACCAGAAUAACCUGCAAAUGAAUAUCUGAAGAAGAGUACAACAACAGCAGCAUUGUGAUCAUGUUGCCAUCUAGCAAAGAGAUAACCAUCAUCCUUCUGUUUCUCAGUACUGUUCCAUUACUAAUCCAUGGAAUUUUUGGUUUGAAUCAAGAAGGCCAAUCUCUUUUGUCUUGGCUUUCAACCUUCAACUCCUCUUCUUCUGCAUCUUUCUUUUCUUCAUGGGAUGAAUCCCACCAAAAUCCAUGCCAAUGGGACUACAUCAGAUGCACCACAAGUGGUUUUGUUUCGGAACUCACUAUCACGUCUAUCCAUCUUCCAACUACAUUUCCUACCCAAUUGCUUUCCUUUAAGUUCCUAACUGUCCUUGUAUUAUCCGAUGGAAACCUCACCGGAGAAAUUCCUCCAGGCCUUGGAAAUCUGUCAUCACUGGUGAGAUUGGAUCUCAGUUUCAAUGCUCUAACAGGGAUCAUACCACGUGAGAUUGGAAUGUUAUCCAACUUGGAAGUACUGUCUUUGAGCUCGAAUUCUUUGGGUGGUGAAAUGCCUGAAGAAAUCGGAAACUGUUCACAACUCAGGCAGCUUGAACUGUUUGAUAACCAGCUCUCUGGAGUGCUUCCAAUGGGAAUCAGCCUUUUAUGGAGCCUGGAAAUCUUUCGUGCCGGCGGGAACAUAGGAAUUCAUGGGGAAAUUCCCAUGCAAAUAUCAAACUGCAAACAGCUAACUUUUUUCGGUCUUGCAGAAACGGGUAUUUCAGGCCAGAUUCCAGGUAGCAUUGGAGAACUGAAGAAUCUCAGGACACUUUCAGUUUAUACAGCAAAUCUUACGGGUGAAAUCCCACAAGGAAUUAGUAACUGCACCGCAUUAGAGAAUCUUUUCAUUUAUGAGAAUCAAAUCUCUGGAGAAAUUCCUGUUGGGUUGGGAUUUCUUAAGAAUCUAAAAAGAUUGUUGUUGUGGCAGAACAACCUGAGAGGCACUAUACCUGAAGAUCUUGGAAACACAUCAAGCUUGAUUGUUAUGGACUUGUCCUUGAAUUUUCUGAGUGGAGAACUGCCAGCUUCUCUUCAAAAUUUAGGCCUUCUGGAGGAGCUCCUAUUGUCUGAUAACUACAUCUCUGGGAUCAUUCCUCAGUAUAUUGGCAACUUUUCUCGGUUGAGGCAACUAGAAUUGGAUAACAACAAUUUUACCGGAGAGAUUCCAAGCACGAUAGGGAAUUUGAAGGAGCUAACACUGUUUUUCGCCUGGGAAAAUCAGCUUAAUGGAAGCAUACCAGCUGAAGUGGCCAACUGUCAAAAGCUUCAGGCUUUGGAUCUCUCCCACAAUAGCCUAACUGGAUCAGUUCCAAAGAAUCUGUAUAAUCUCAGGAACUUAUCCAAGCUGCUGCUACUCUCCAACAAGCUUUCUGGAGGGAUUCCGCCAGAUAUUGGAAAUUGUACCAGUCUCAGCAGAUUAAGGAUGGGAUCAAAUAUGUUCGAUGGUCAAAUUCCUUCAGAGAUUGGGUUGUUGCAAAACUUGACUUUCCUCGAGUUAUCAGAAAAUCAAUUUGAUGGAGCUAUACCCCCUGAUAUUGGCAACUGCAAGGAGUUGGAACUGAUUGACUUGCACUCAAAUCAGCUUGAAAGCACCAUUCCUCUCUCUUUUGUCAACCUUAUGGAGCUGAAUGUUUUGGAUCUUUCACUGAAUAGAUUAUCAGGACGUAUUCCAGAAGACUUGGGCAAGCUCACAUCAUUAAACAAACUUGUACUGAAUCGAAAUAACCUCAAUGGGAGUAUACCAAAAUCACUAGGCUUCUGUAAGGAUUUGCAGUUGUUGGAUGUAAGCAGCAACGGUAUUAAUGGUCAGAUCCCAGAUGAAAUAGGGCGGCUGCAAGGGUUGGAUAUUCUACUAAACUUGAGCUGGAACUUUUUAACAGGACCUCUUCCAGAAAGCUUUUCUAAUUUUUCAAAGCUAGCAAACAUGGACCUUUCCCACAAUAUGUUGACAGGGAGUCUGACAGUACUAAGCAACCUUGACAAUCUUAUGUCCCUGAAUGUUUCGUACAAUAAGUUCUCGGGCAUUCUCCCCAAUACGAAGCUCUUUCACGACAUUCCAAUUGCUUCAUUUGUUGGUAACCAACAGCUCUGCAUUAACAGAGCUCAAUGUCACUUCAGCGAGCACGAUAAGAGCAAAACCAUCAGGAACCUCAUUAUCUUUGUUGUAAUAAGUGUUCUUGUGACUGUCGGAGUCUUCACAUUCGGGGUAAUCUUCUAUAUUAAAGCUCGUGAAGACAAGCUCAAUAGAAAUGACGAAGAAAACAGCCUGCAAUGGAGCUUCACCCCAUUUCAGAAGCUGGAUUUCUCAGUGAAUGACAUUUUGCCCAAGCUUUCUGAAUCAAACAUUGUGGGAAAGGGUGGAUCAGGAGUUGUCUACAGGGUGGAGACACCAGCACACCAACAGGUAAUUGCAGUGAAGAAACUGUGGCCAAAGAAGAAUGAAGAGAUUUCUCAAAGAGACUCAUUUUCUGCAGAAGUACGAACCUUGGGAUCAAUUAGGCACAAAAAUAUAGUGAGGCUUCUUGGCUGCUGCAACAAUGGAAAAACUAGACUUCUAUUGCUUGACUUCAUCAGUAAUGGGAGCUUGUCUGAAGUGAUUCACCAUAAGAUGAUAUACUUGGACUGGGAAGCCCGGUAUAAGAUCAUUCUUGGAGCAGCUGAUGGCUUGGCUUAUCUGCACCAUGACUGCAUUCCUCCAAUCAUUCAUCGUGACAUAAAGACCAACAAUAUUCUUGUUGGUCCACAGUUUGAAUCUUUCCUAGCUGAUUUUGGGCUCGCAAAACUUGUAGAUUGUGCUGAUUAUGCAAGAGCUUCCAAUGUCGUAGCAGGUUCUUAUGGCUACAUGGCUCCAGAAUAUGGAUAUAGUAUGAGAAUUACAGAGAAAAGUGAUGUCUACAGUUAUGGCAUAGUGCUGCUUGAAGUCCUAACAGGAAGGGAACCAAAUGAUCCCAGGAUUCCAGAUGGUGCCCACAUAGUCACUUGGGUAAACCACGAGCUGAGAAUUAAACAUUCUGAGUUCACAUCAAUUCUUGAUCAACAGUUACUAGUACUUUCAGGAACACGAACAUCUGAGAUGUUUCAAGUUCUUGGGGUGGCCCUACUUUGUGUAAAUCCUAGCCCCAAUGAUAGACCUACAAUGAAGGACGUUGCAGCAAUGCUAAGAGAAAUCAAGCAUGAAAACGAGGACAUUGAGAAACCAGAAUCACUUCAAAAGGGCCACAUUUGUAACAGUAAAGCAGCUAUUCAUUGUUCUAGCUUCUCAAGAUCUUCCGAACCUCUAAUUAGAUCACCUUCCCAGCAAUCAGAAUAAGUACUCCACAGUUAGGCCCUGUUCUUUUGUUCCAUCAUUUCUUUUCCAGUAGCAAAUUAGCUGUAUAGAUUGAUAAUAUUCAAAGGAGUUUAUUGCCUUGUAUACAACCACUUUUUGGUUUGAAUUCAUUCCUGCAGUUAUGAUCUUUCCUCCAACAAGAUUGUAAUUGGAGGAACAUAAAAUACCGCUGAUGCAUAACUAUUUCCACAUAAUGAGAUUCUGUAAAGGCCAUAAUUCCUAUUCUUUACUGUCAGUUUAGUACUAGGAUCAGCUUAUGAAUUUUUAAACCAUGUCAUCUCUAGGGAACCAAAAAUGUAUAAUGAUUCAGUAAAAGAGUAAAAGUUUCUAUCAGUUACAAACCAUCUUCCAUAAAUUAACCAUGAAAAGAAAAAAAAGAAAAAAGAAAACUUUCAAACAUGUACCAAUUAUCAGAUGGACAGUUCAUGAUGAGACCAAGGAAUUGAAAAGUAGCUUUCAAUCCCAUGGGAUGUUUUCUAGAAGAAAUAAAAGGGACGAGGAAUUGGUUGGCAGGAAGCAGAUGGAACUUACAUAAGAGGUAAGCAAAUGGACCAACAUUCCCUACCAACUUUUUCCAACACUGCUUUCAUCAAAGAUGAGUAAAGAUACACUUACGUCGUCUUAAAUAUGCUUUCCUUUUCCACAUGUGAUAGUGAGGUUAAAACAAAAGACAUGUGACAGCAAAUUCUUCAGACCCUCCUGUAGGUCAGAAAAAACUAUCGAGUUUCAAUGGCUAAGGAUCAAACACAGCUUUGGCAGAAGAUUAGACAACUUUUUCUUCGAGAAGUACAGUAAAAC